AUGGCACUGAAAAACGAGGAGAAUUUGGGAGAGAUGAAAGCUGAAGAGAAAACGAGCUGGGUUUUGAAUGACUUUGGGAUUGGGCGACCGCUUGGGAAAGGACGGUUCGGCAACGUGUAUCUGUGUCGAGAGAACGCGUCGCAUUUCAUCGUCGCUUUAAAGGUUCUCUUUAAAAAGGAGUUGAUUCGACUGAAUGUCGCACAUCAAUUGAGGAGAGAGGUCGAGAUACAGUAUCAUUUGAGACACCCAAACAUUCUGCGUUUGUAUGGAUAUUUCCAUGACAUCGACAAGGUUUACAUUGUGUUAGAAUACUGUCAUCAAGGGGAAUUGUAUCGAAUUUUGCGUGAGAAAGGGAAAUUGCGAAACGAGGAGACGGCUAAAUACAUUUAUCAGCUCUCAAGCGCACUCGAGCAUUGUCACGAGCGUCUCGUCAUUCAUCGAGAUGUAAAGCCCGAGAAUGUUCUUAUCGACAAGAAGGGCAAUCUGAAGUUGUCCGAUUUUGGAUGGGCCGUUCAACACGAUGGUCAAUCGAAACGAGGCACAGUUUGCGGCACAUUGGAUUAUUUGCCACCUGAGAUGAUCGCUCAUAAGCCACACACGUACAAGGUGGACAACUGGGCAGUCGGGAUUCUGAUGUAUGAAUGUUUAAUGGGGAAACCACCAUUCGAGGUACAAGGCCAAAAGGACACCAUUGAAAAGAUACGCAAAUGCAAUUUCCAUUUGCCGGCCGAUUUGGACGUCCGAGCGCAGGACUUGUUGAAGAAGUUGAUCGAAUUGAUGCCUGAGAGGAGAGCCGAGUUGAAAGACGUGAUGAAACACGAGUGGAUCAUCGCCAAUUACAUGCCACCACCACUGCUGCCAUUCCCAAAUAAAGCACAG